CCAGACUCCGCUACACGCGAGUUUUCAAUGUUGGCCGCAUAAUCAAAAUCACUUCGCGUUUUUCCGCGUCCCCGCAUUUUUCUCUUUUUCGAGUGUACCUUUUCCCUUUCCCUGCGGAGCAUGUCCCACAAUGAUCACUUUGUAGCCCACUAUGUCGUCUUAUUCACUGCACAAAAAGCAAAGAAGUUCAAGACAUGGCAAGACGGUGUCAUGAAAUACUACAGUUUCAAUAGAAAACUUGUCCUAACGGAUGAAAAAGGCUACGACAUUGACAAUAAAACCGGUGUGCCUGAAAUUGGCGAUGAAGUCGAAUUUGAAGGCCAUUUAGUAACUGUGGAGUCUUUUGAAGGACAGGAGUUAUGUACUGCGGCAGGUCCGAGCCAUUACAUUACUUCUGCUCCCGUCAUGGCCGCCGCCCCAGUACCUGUGCCGAUUCCACCGGUCGAUCGUGCUCUCAGUACUCAUGCCGAAGAUUACAGACAAGCGAGAAAGCGUCUUCGGAUGAUGGCGUCGAGCCGAACUGCUAACGACAGAAUCCUCACACCUACUGUUCCUCGUCCCCAUUUCACAUCACCUGCACCAAUAUUAGCCCAAACUCUCCCAUCCUCUACAGCAAUGACGGCAACAACAAUAGCACCGCCACCGCCACCGCCACCGCCGCCACAAGCACCAGCACCAGCACCAGCACCAGCACCACCAGCACCAACACGGACAGCAACAGCAGCAUCUGUUGUCUCCUCCUCGGAAUCGAUGCUAAACUCACCGUCCACCUCACCAUUACCAUCCUCAUUUUCAAUUCCCUCUACAACUAGUACGGUGACAAGCAACACUUUACUUACUACGCCAUCCAACACGACAUUUUCUACUCGUCUUGAGAUACCAUCAGCCGACAAGAGCAAAGGAAAGCGUAAAAUGGGAGGAACUUUGGCCUCUCAGUUGGCUGAUGAUGCAUUCAUGUUUGAUGACGAUCUACUCGAUGCCAUACUCCUUGAUGAUAAUAUUCCACCUUCAGCACCUGUGAUAAAUACCAAUAACAACGCCAAAAUGAUUGUUGAUCCGGCCAGCGAACCGAAAAACGACGGUGCAACCAAACGAGUUCGCGUUGGCUUGUCGAAGCGAACGGCAAAAAAACUUCACAGUCAGAUUGCCGAACCGCUUGGCAACGGUGCAUCAUCGUCAGCAGCAGAAAGUACAUUUGUGAAAGCUUCCACAGUUGAGGAGAUCGCCGAGCAGCCAGCACUUUUAGAGUCAUCAUCCAGUGCUGUGUCCACAUCGACAAACAAUAGAAACUUCAAAUCGCCACUGGAGGAAGGCGCUUCUAUGCCAUUGGUACUUCAAUACCCGAGUCGCGAAAAAGCACUCCAUCUUUUGAAAACACGAACUCAUCCGAAGCGUACUCGCACCGUGCCCACGCGUUUUACCAGUGUCGUGCAGUAUAAAGACACCUUCAAAAAGUUGAUCAAUGAACAUAUUCAGAUUCUCCUACUCAAUUAUGCAGUGUAUUAUCACUCAUUUUAUGAGAACUUCAAAAGCAAACCCGAUAUCGAGAGGAAUUUUCGAUCCAAGGGCGUUGGUUUUUACGGUGGCUGCAAUCUCAAGAGUGAUGGUCGUUUCCACAUGUCCGAUCGGUUCAAACUGUUCAUUAAAAACCGGGAACAUCAUUCAAAAUACAGCAAAGAUGAUAUUUGGAUUAUUUCAAAAAGUCCUCUGUUCGAAGCCAAUUCCACAUGUCUUGGUCGAAGUAUGUUCUAUGGUCCAUUCACUAAUAACAGUAUUGAGCUGGGAUGCUUGACGCCACGCGACACCCGAGUGGCCACCAAUAUCAUGCAAGAAAAUUGUCCAGUGUAUGCCCUUCGCACCAUUUCUGCAAACGCCGAAUUUAUGAUGCUAGAUGCCCUGGAAGACCGUUUACUUCGAAUGCCAAUUUUACCAGAUCUUUUGGCAGACCCCAAGCGCACUAAUCGUAAAAACAGCAAAAUCAAAGCCGCAUCACCGACGGAUCUGGAGUAUAUUCGGCUCACCAGAGAAGAUAAUAUCGAUGUAGAGGCCAAACUCCAGGAAACGAUUGAAAGAUAUUCUCUCAACGUGGAUCAAGCAAGCGUUUUGCGAACGGUGGCUAAAGCUGUCAUUGUGUGUCCCGGAUGGAAUGACGAGCCUGAACGAUCAAUUGUCUUGGUUCACGGUGUAUUUGGAUCGGGCAAAAGUUUUCUGGCAGCGGUGCUGAUUAUAUUCUUGCGCGAUAUCAUUGAUACGGCAUGCAGUGGAAGAGAACCCGAUGAUAUCAUCAUUUUCAAAAUCUUGGUAUCCUCCAUGACGAAUGUAGCAGUGGAUCGUAUUCUUUUGAGUUUGCUAAAACUAGGGUAUGAUCACUUUGUACGCGUUGGCAGUAUGAAGAAAAUUGCCAAGAAACUACUACCUUAUACAGCACAAGCCAAGAUUUCAAGCAAAGAAGAACUGAAGGAACUUGAAGAAAUGUUGGAUGAUCCUCAAAACUCGGAAGAGGACCAUGAUUUGAUCGCAAGCACGAUUCAACGAUUCAGAAAAAAAGAAAACAUGCUCCAAGAACUGCAAAUGGCUGAUGUUGUUGGCACCACCUGUAUGGCGUCGAUCUUUGACAUUUUCUAUGAAUCCAAGUUCCCCCUGGUUCUGUUGGAUGAAGUGUCUCAAAUGAUGGAACCAAUGACCAUGGUGCCUAUGGCGCGGUUCGGUUGUAACCGGUUGAUUAUGAUUGGCGAUCCCUUACAGCUGCCGCCUACGCUAGCUACAGCUGCAGACGAAGGCAUUAUUGGCCAAGGGCUGGACAAGACGUUGUUUGACCGAAUGACGGAGUUAGGAUAUGAGGUAACUAAUUUGAACAGAGAUGGGGAUGUAUGUGUACCAAUAGAAGCUGACGUUCAUCUUUGGCUCAGUCAAUCAUGCUACGAACGCAAUACAGAGUAAGUUAUGGAAUGGGGAAUUGUGGUACCAGGCUGUGGCUGAUGAUUCCACAUCUAAUAGUGUCACCCAAAUAUUGCGAAUAUCAGCAACCGGUUAUUCUACGAUCGCUAUCUACUUAAUGG